GCCCUGUCUGUCUGUCUGCCCAGCGGAGCUCCAAACCGUCAAUGCCAAACGCUGCCGAGCGCCUCGGGGAAGAUCAGACCCAAGAGAUAUCCAUUCCCUCAACCCCGUCGUCUGCCAGCACGCGAGGAGCAAUUCCAUCUAUCGCAGACCAGAAAAGCUCACUGUAGACGCUUUGGGCUUGUAAAUUAUUCUUUUUUUGCACAACGAAAAUCGUGAAAUGAGACGGGACGCGGUUAACUAACUGGCUAGCUGUUAGGCUAACGUCGGUUAGCGUCGAUAGCAGGCAGCUUGGAACCUAACCGAGCUAAUUGGCUAACGUUUUUAAUGCCAAAUUCUUCACUGUUUUGUCGAAAGGGUGGGCGUUUUUACAAAGUGUACAGCUGAAAAUGGUGUGCAUUUACACGAAUUAGUUGUGUUUCGGUUAUUUUUUAGCGAUAUUUACCUUCUUUGCCUAAGUUUUCUAGUACCAGACAGUCGCCUUGGGCAGCUAAGUUAGCAUGUUAGCUAGCAGAUAUGGACGUUUUUCGCUGGCUGGCCGUAGAUGGCAGAUCCGCCAAACAAGUUAGCUGCUUGGUUUAUCUUCCCAGUAUGUGGUGGCGUCGAUAGCAGUACUAACAUAAGUUUUAUUGGCAGCGAAUGUUAGUUAUUUAUCACAUCAACUGACCCCAACACAACAGCGCCUCUUUUUCGCAUCAUUUAUCAAUGUGUUCCGUGCCUGAGAGAUCAGUUCAAGUUAUUGAGCUGACGUGAGGAAACGGGGGUAAAAACAAAGUCUGCACGAGAAGAGGACUAGAAGAAGAAAUAUAACAAGACUUGGAGGAGCUCCAACUACGAGACCAAAGUCGGUGUACACUGUCAUGGCUAUGGGCCGAAUUACCAUGAAAUCACUCGCUAAAUUUGGGGUUUGCCUGGCGAUUCUUCUGACUUCUGUGGCUGCGGCGCAGGGCGAGGAGAGGGAGUGUGCCUUCACGGACCAGCAGCAGCAGUGGGAGGUGGAGCGAGUCGCAGGGGGCGAAGGCCGGGUGUCCCCAGAGAACACCACCAUCCGAUGUGCCAAGGGCAGCCACUGUUUUGGCCUGUGGGAGAAAAGUCCCCCGGGCGAAGUGCGACUUGUCAAACAAGGUUGCUGGACUCACCUGGGCGACCACCAGGGUUGCCGUGACGACCGUUGCGUGGUGACCAACCUCCCUCCACAGAUCCAGAAUGGGACGUACCAUUUCUGCUGCUGCGGCAGCGACAUGUGCAAUGUGAACUUCACAGAGGACUUCCCGCCGCCCAGCCCCACCACUGCACAACCCAUCUACUCUCGGACACUGGGCUAUGAAGAGACAGUAAUUAUCACCCUGGCAACAGUCUCCGUGCUGGCCGUGCUUGCCGUAGCAGCCUUCUUUGGUUACCGCAUGAUGCACGGAGAUGGGAAGCAAGGGCUCCACAACCUGAAUAUGAUGGAGGCUGCUGGCUCUGAGAGCUCUCUCGACCUAGACAAUCUCAAACUACUGGAGCUGAUUGGGCGUGGCAGAUACGGCGCCGUCUACUGUGGCUCCCUGGAUGAGCGGCCCGUGGCUGUCAAGGUGUUCACUGCAGCCAACCGCCAGAACUUCCUCAAUGAAUGCUCCAUCUACCGGCUACCGCUGCUGGAGCAUGACAACAUUGCCCGGUUUGUGGCUGCCGAUGAGCGGACAGGGCCAGAGGGACGCACUGAGUACCUGCUGGUCAUGGACUACUACCCACAUGGCUCCCUGAGUCGCUACCUGAGCGUCCAGACCAAUGAUUGGGUCAGCAGCUGCCGGCUCGCUCACUCCGUCACCCGCGGCCUGGCCUACCUGCACACCGAGCUCUUCAAAGGAGACUUGUACAAACCCGCCGUUUCCCACAGGGACCUGAACAGCCGAAAUGUUCUGGUCAAGGCUGACGGCACAUGUGUCAUCAUCGAUUUCGGCCUGUCCAUGAAGCUGACGGGAAACAGGCCGGCGCGUCAUGGAGAGGAGGAAAAUGCUGCUAUCAGUGAGGUGGGGACGAUCCGCUACAUGGCUCCAGAGGUGCUGGAGGGGGCGGUGAACCUGAGGGACUGUGAGUCGGCGCUGAAGCAGGUGGAUAUGUACGCCCUGGGUCUGAUCUACUGGGAGACCUUCAUGAGAUGCACCGACCUUUUCCCUGGGGAGUCUGUGCCAGAGUACCAGAUGGCCUUUCAGGCGGAGGCAGGGAACCACCCGACGUUUGAGGACAUGCAGGUCCUGGUAUCCAGGGAGAAGCAACGGCCCAAAUUCCCAGAGGCCUGGAAAGAGAACAGUUUGGCGGUUCGCUCGUUGAAAGAGACGAUGGAGGACUGUUGGGACCAGGAUGCAGAGGCCCGCCUCACAGCACAGUGUGCCGAGGAACGACUGGCAGAACUGCUCCUCAUAUGGGACCGCUCCAAAUCUGUCAGCCCCACACUCAACCCAAUGUCCACAACCCUGCACAACGAGAGAAAUCGUAUGACACCAAAGUCUGGCCCGUACACAGACCACCCCUCCACCUACAUCGAAGAGCACGAGGGCGUGGCCAAGAACACGCAGGCUGACACCAAUGGCUCUGUGAGCGGUCGAGCUGGGCCUGGGACCGGAGAGAGAAACAGGAAUUCCAUCAACCAGGAGCGCCAGCAGCAAGCCAACGCCCGCCUGCCCAGCCCAGAGGGCAGCAGCACCAGCAUGGGACUGAGAGGCAGCCCCUCAGCCUCCACUACAACCACCACUAUUAUCUCUGAGUCAGAGGGACCUGUAGGGGUCACCACGGUCCCAGUUUGCCUCCACCUAACCCAGGAAGACCUGGAAACCACCAAACUUGACCCGAAAGAGGUGGACAAGAACCUGAAGGAGAGCUCAGACGAGAACCUGAUGGAGCACUCACAGAAGCAGUUCUGCUCUCCAGAUCCACUGAGCCCCGGCAGCUCCAGCCUCCUUUACCCCCUCAUUAAGAUGGCUGCUGAGGCCUCAGGCACGUCAGACCCCGCCGCCCCCAUGCCCACCACCAUCUUCCCCCUGCCCAAGCAGCAGAACCUGCCCAAGAGGCCGUCCAGUCUGCCCCUGCGCACCAAGCCCACCAAGAAGGAGUCGUCAUCGUCUUCGCUCAGGUUCAAGUUUGGACGCUCAGGGAAGUCCAACCUGCGGCAGGUGGAGGGAACAAAGAUGAACAUUGGUGCAGUAACGGGCACAAACACAGCUGUAGAGGCUCAUCGGGGCACAGGCACAAACAACACACCCGUUCUACGGGACACACAUGUCAACGGAAGCGCUAACGGCGCUGUUAACGGUCAUGCCAGCACUGGGAUCCCAUCCAUGGCUACAGGUGGAGCGACAGGUUUUGGAGGAUCCAGCAUAACUCAGAACGGGUCCGGAGCCCUGAGGUCGGACGACGGUCGUCUGAGCCUCGGCAUCAUCACGGCCAGCCCUGACGAGCACGAGCCGCUUCUGAGUCGCGAGCGGGAGCAGCCCGAUCCGAGAGACACGUCCUCGAGCGUCGCCUCUCUCCGCUCAGCCCGACCCAACACCAACAACAACAACAGCAACACUGGCCAUGGCCAAGGGGACGGAGAGAGCGGAGGAGAGAGUGAUGGAGGAGAGGAGGAGGGGAGCGGGGAGGGAGGAAACAGGGAAACCACGGGGCCCCAGGGAGAAAGCUCAGGGUCGGGAUCCGGCACCGCUGACACCCAGGGGACAGCUCCGGUCACCAUGAGAGGGGAGGCCCUGCUCAGGCAGCCCAGAACCCGUAGGCCUGAGAGGCCCAACUCCCUGGACCUGUCCUUCACAACACAGGACCUGGCCUCAUUAGGGGAGGGGUUGGUACAGGCAGAUGGAGCCUUGGGGGGGACAGGAGAGAAGAUCAAGAAGCGCGUCAAAACUCCCUAUUCCCUGAAGAAGUGGCGACCCACCACGUGGGUCAUCUCCACAGACACCAGGGGGCCAGAGGUCAACAACAACGGGUCCUCCCGUGGUCAAGGUCACGGUCAGAGCCGACCCAAGUCCAGUUCAGCGAUCUACCUGCGGGGGGGAAGCUUGGCCAGCGAGCCCAGCGACACACAUGUGUGAACUCAGACCCUCUGACAAGACUGAAAAAAAUAACCAGAGAACGUUUGGUUUCUGUCUGUUGAGCUCUCUGCUCUCAAUCAGCAAGAGGAAGCUAUGGAGUGUCUUGUGAACAGUCGAGUCUGAUCGUGUACAGUAAUUAGGUCUGUCUCGCUCCUGUGUGUCUUUCUGAUGAUGGCAUUGCUUUAAAUGGAAUCCAGCUAUGCAGCAUUCUCAUCCGCUUCUGUUGUCUGCAUUUUAUUAACCUGUAAUCGUUUUGUCAGUUUGUUUCAUAUUUCAUCCUCAUGAGCGUAGCAAAGUUUUGAUGGAUUUUUUUUUUUUCUUUUCCCUAUGUGCACUUUGAACCGAUGAAAAUCAGUGUUUAGAACUCCUGUCUGUUGCGACCAUGACAAGAAGUGGUCUCUAAACUUAAAAAGGCGAUGAAAUACAAUCAACACUUUGAGCGCUCUCCGUCUCGUAGUCUGCUGUAUCAAGCACUGUUUGAGAGUAGGCUCUGUAAAAGAACUGACGGUCUUAAAAGACAGAACAAACUACUUUAACUUUUUUAUUUCCUUGAUUUGUAUGCAAUACCAAUUGUUGACUUUUUUGGCUAUGUAUCCAUUUUUUGUAUCAUAAUUUUUAAUUGUGCAAUAGGAUGUAGCUUUGAGAUGCUUUUGAUGUUUUUAUGGCUUCCAUUACUUUGGUCGUUGUUUUAUCCCGUCAUUAUUUUGAUAUGUUAAUCUCUGUUGCACUUAUGAAUAGUCACAAUCGUUUUGUAAACAAUCCACCAACACUAUCAUCCCCUGACUUAAGAGGAGAAAAUGGAUGACAAUCCUCCUCUCUUUCCUUCUUCUCUGGACUAUUUUUAGGGGGGAACAAACACUAACAAUCAAUCCCAGCUGUCUGGAAAAGUGGGUUUUUCAUGGUACUCGUCUGCUUGCACAAUUACACCAGGAAUGGCUCAAACUCUGGGGUCUUUCAACACUACAAUCGCCAGAAUCAAAUCUAUGGAGGGAUCUGUUACGGUGGUUAAUCACUGUACCACUAUCACCUGACCUCACUGUAGACUGUGUGUUUUGCUGUCUGUCUGUGACUGAAAGAUCAGAAGCAUUAGUGCCCGGGCGACAUCGCCUACCUGAGCAGCACGUGUGUGUCGUGGAACACACUAAGAUGGCACAGCAGCCACGCAGCCCACAUGGGCAGUGUGGCUGCUGCUGCAUGUCGUCUAGAGAUUCCGAAUGUUCCUAUUUUCUUUCCUUUUUUUUUUUUUUUUGCAUGAUGAGCACGGUUCUCAGCAAAAACACACCGUGAAAAUGACCUGUUGAUAGUCAUAUUGACAUACCAGCAACAUUACACCUUUCACAACAGUUUCAGUGUCUAUAUCUGCAGAAUAUGUCACAUACAUUAAAAAAAAUUUAAUGCUUCCUGCCCUCUAGUGUAAAUGUGGACAGAAUUUCUUCAUUUGUCAACAAGGCUUUUAUUGUGAAAUAUUUGCAGGUUUUGCAAAUGUAGAAAGAUGGGGAUGGUGGUAGCAGUGCUGUCUGUGUGGAUACCUCGCCUCAGGUGCAGCAGUUCAGCAAGGCAGCACAGGUAGAGGAAGGUGGUGUGGCCCGGGCCUAGAAAGACCAGAUUCUUCUCUUGGAACCCUGUUGGAAAUCAGAAACUAGUCUCAAAAAAACAAAAAACAACCAAACCCCUCUGAAGUACGCUGGAUAUUAUUUCUGCUUCUUGUGUCUCAUCCCUUGAUGUUCAAAUGACUGAUUCAGUGUGUGUGUGUGUGUGUGUGUGUGUGUGUGUGUGUGUGUGUGUGUGUGUGUGUGUGUGUGUGUGUGUGUGUGUGUGUGUGUGUGUGUGUGUGUGUGUGUGUGUGUGUGUGAG